GAAACACACUUCAAAAACCCUUCUGGCUAACGGAUCAUUUCAGCUCACCUGUACAGUAUUUGGAGGUUAUUCAGAGAAACUAUGCUUCCCCUGUUGAUAGGCUUGUUUGGUGUGUUUUCUCACCUGAGUUUAGCACUUCCCUCCCAAAAUGGCUCCUUGCUUCUCCCACGGACUUUUUCUGGUCACUUUGUACUGGUCACUGAGGAGCCGGCCGACUAUAUUGACCUGUCUGCUUUAGACCUGCUGGACGAUGGGAGCGGCAUGGAGCCGGACCGGGAGCCCGUAAAGCCACACGGCCACCACCACAACCAGCACCGUCGCCCCCACAAGAGCUAUUAUGUCUCUGAAGAAACCAAAAAGUUUCUUCAGGGUCGCUUGGCAACAUCCUUCAUCCCAACCAUCUACACCCUGGUCUUCAUCGUCAGCGUGCCCCUCAAUCUGGUUGCCGUGGUGAUAUUUGUGCGUCACAUCCGUCCCAAGAAGGCAGCAGUGAUCUACAUGCUGAACCUGGCUUGUGCCGACCUGCUUUUCGGCCUGCUGCUCCCUUUCAGAAUCGCCUACCAUUACCAUGGCAACAACUGGAUUUACGGCUCCUUCAUGUGCCGAGUUGUCACCGCGGCCUUCUACUGCAACAUGUACUGCUCAGUCCUGCUCAUAAUGUGCAUAAGCGUUGACCGUUUCCUGGCUGUGGUUUACCCCAUGAACGCGCUGACGUGGCGCAGCCCCCGCACGGCUGCAGCCGUGUGCGCCGCCAUGUGGCUGCUGUCGCUGGGGGGCGUCUUCCCCCUCCUGCUGUCAGGACAGACCAUCCAUUUACCAGACCUCGGAAUCACCACCUGCCAUGAUGUACAAGAUGUAGAAAAGCUACAAGCUUACUACCUGUACUUCUUCCCCAUCUACUCCUCCAUCUUCUUCUUCAUCCCUCUCGUCUUCACGGUCGUCUGCUACGUCCGCAUCAUUCAGGCUCUGGCAGCAGCCAACGUGGAUAACCGCUCCAAGAAGACGCGGGCUAUGGUGAUGGUGGUGCUGGUGCUGCUCGUGUUUGCCGUCUGUUUCACACCCACCAACAUCAUCCUGAUGAGCCACUACGUCAAGUUGGCCCACAAGUCCGGAGACAGUUCCUACCAGGCCUACCUCAUCUCCAUGUGUAUAGGCAGUUUCAACUGCUGCCUGGAUCCAGUCCUCUAUUACUUUGGCUCAUCCCAGUGCCAGAGGCAAGUGGAGGCGUUUCUCAGGUGCAGGGGACCGGCACGAGCAGAGAGCAGCUCAGAAUCGCACAGCAGCACCAGAACCAGUGGACUGACGAACAGCAGCAGGUCCUGCAAGAUGGAGGGGAUUCAGACUGGCCUGGGGGGCCAGUACAGCCGGCUGGUGGCUUGAGUGAAAAGACUUGAGAAGAAAAACUAUCCAACUAGCAAAUGCAACACCAAAACACUUGAGGAUCAGUAUAUUUUUUGAAUUAAGAAAAAUACUCAGGUUGGAUUAAAUGAAGUUGUGAAGCUUGGUUUUAUGAGCUGUGGAUGUACCAGUGUAUCGUGUGUCCUACAGAAGGAACAUCACCGUCCCUGCAGUCCAACAUGCUGUAUCCAACUGUUUAAUCACAAAAGAAUGACGUGUGUUGCAGUUCAGAUAGUCAUGACUUAUUGUAGAACAAGCUGCGCUUUUGAUUUAAAUUUGCAUGUGUUUAUCUGUUGUAUGUUUUGAGUAAGAAUGCAAAGUACAUUUAAUCUCUAAUAACUUUGUACAGGCAAGUAUAAAUCAGAAAUGUGUGUACAGGUGACCUUGUCAAAGUUUCUGUACUUUGCCACUCAGGGAAAGUAUUGAAAAAGUACAUCAUAAAACCUUUUGAACUUG